GUCACACUAGCAAGUCGCUUACAUAAGCUUCAAUGAACACAUACCGGGAAGGUACAUCUACUUGUCAUGUUCGUAACAGAGAGUGGUUGCGUUCCUGAUCAUCUUCAUAGUCCAGGCUGUGUCAAUGGCGUGCACGCAGCAAGGGUCAGGUAUAUAUGGUGUCUAUGCAAGUGAUAGACAGCAUGGAUUCUGCGUCUACCUCUCCUCUUAUGGUAUCUCAUGCUCACUCCAAAUUUGUGCACUACACAGUCAUCAUCAUCAGUCAGAUUUUUAUCCUUGCAUUUGGAUACGGAUUUCUUGGUGCUGUUGCUUACUAUGAGUACCUUGCUCCAUCCGAUUCAGUCUGCGAGGCAAUGAAGGACUAUCCUGGAGAGGUAACAAUGCUGGUCACAUUGAUAGCAACUGUGCUAUCAGUCAUCACUGCUACUCUUUUCACACUUUCGGUCAAAGAGGCACUAAGACAUCGGAUAUGCCAGCCCAUUUCUCUAAUCCAACUGAGCGCUGGUAUCGCUUUGGCACAGGGCUCUCAUAUUCUGAACCAUCGACACAUGACAUUGACGGUCUUCACACUCUUUGUAUUUGGGGUGCUGAAGCUCUUGACCUGCCGGGUGCUACAGUUGAAUGGAUCCGAAAUUGACAUAACUGGAAGCGCGUUCGCCACCUUGCUCCGCGAAGAAUUCCUGGCAAAUGGUCUCAGUAUGUAUCUCUACUCGAGUUAACGAGUGGUUUGUGAAAUGGGAUAAUGAAGUCCAGGACAACGCUUUCGAAGUUCUCGAUAUCGGUGGAAUGCUCAGUGGAGUCGCUGCUGCAGGGUUUACCUUCGGUCUUCCCGGGACAUUCAAUUUUAAUGGUGCAAAAUACAACAUAUCUACUCAGGGGGUCGUGCCUACCAUCGAGGCAUUUUCCGGUUCGGAUGGAAUUCCGGAUGCUGAUGGUACUCGUCUCGGGUUUUCC